AUGGGAGAAAAACAACAAUGGAUCAAUGAACAUUUAAAAUGUUUAUUGGAUACUUGUAUUGAAGAAGUAGAGAGUGUCGGUAGAAAAGGAUUGAGUUUGCAAAAAGACUCAUGGAUAAAGCUUAGAAGAGUUCUUAAGGAGAAAUUUGGGUUUGAGUUGAGUCAAAAACAAAUGAAAAACGCAUAUGACAAUUUGAAAGCCAAAUACACAGGAUGGGGGCAUCCGAAGGCUGCUUCAUUCAGAACAAUUCCACUGCCUUUUCCAGAUCUUUGUGUACGUCUUUUUGAUGGAAAUAGUGCCAACGGUAAUUUUAGGAGUUACUCAACCCAAUCAUCAUCAGUAGCUGGAGCAUCCUCCUGUCGUGUUCCACCACUUCAGAUCACCGCCACCCCUAUUCAUGUAAUCGAUGAUGAUGGUGUUGACACUUCCCAUCAUGGGCCACCACCUUUUGCUGCUUCACCUUCUGCAGCUUCACCUUUAGCUAGUUCACCUUCUGCUGCUUCACCAUAUACUGCUUCACCAUUCGGUAACCCCAACAAAAGGGCUAAACCCUCAACUCAUGUAGCUCCUAGUGCCUCAUCGUCUGCUUCUUCACCUGAUGGAACAUCUAUUACUGCUGAUGAUUUAGCAUUAGAAAUGAAAAAAAACUCUACAAAGUUUGACUAA